UGUUUAUGUACUAAUAAAUGUAUCUGUGUAUUAUACAUAGAAAAAGAGUAUGAUUUUUAGCACAUAAAACCUAACAGUAUGUUGACUAAACUGGAUUUAUUCUGGCAAUAUAAGAAUGGUUUAAUAUUUAUAAAAUCCAGUCUUAGAGUUUACCCAAUGACUUUGUCAGAGGAAGAAAAAUGAGAGCCACUGUGGAUGCUGAAAAACACUUGAUAAAAUAUCAUGUUCCUUCUAGAUAAGGCCCUUGGUAAAAUAGUAAUAAGUGAAUUCUACCUUAAGUGAUUAAAAAUAUGUGUCUCAGCCCAAAAGCUGGCAUUCCUGUCGGUGAGAACAUACUGUAAGCUGUCCCACUAAGGAACAAGAUGAGGAUGCUGUCACCACUAGUAGUUAACAUUGUUCACCCUGUCCAUCCUGAAGCGGGCUCCCCGGAAGCGGCCAGGCCGUGUCGCCUUUGAUGGUAUCACUGUCUUCUACUUUCCACGGUGCCAGGGCUUCACCAGUGUGCCCAGCCGUGGUGGCUGCACUCUGGGUAUGGCCUCCCGCCACAGUGCCUGCCGCCGCUUUUCCUUGGCUGAGUUCACCCAGGAGCAAGCCCGGGCACGGCGUGAGAAGCUGCGCCUACGCUUGAAGGAGGAGAAGCUGGAGGCGCUCCGGUGGAAGCUUGCGGAGACCGGGGUGCCUGAGACGGAGGCUAGCCUGCCACUCACAGUGGACGCCAUUGAUGACGCCUCUGUGGAAGAGGACUUGGCCGUGGCCGUGGCAGGUGGCCGGUUGGAGGAGAUGACCUUCCUACAGCCCUACCCAGCCCGGCGACGGCGGGCUCUGCUGCGGGCUGCUGGGGUGCGGAGGAUCGAUCGCGAGGAGAAGCGGGAGCUGCAGGCUCUGCGCCAGUCCCGAGAGGACUGUGGCUGUCGUUGUGAUCGGGUCUGUGACCCCGAGACCUGCAGCUGCAGUCUGGCAGGCAUCAAGUGCCAGAUGGACCACACUGCGUUCCCCUGCGGCUGCUGCAGGGAGGGCUGCGAGAACCCCAAGGGCCGUGUAGAAUUUAAUCAGGCCCGCGUGCAGACCCAUUUCCUCCACACCCUCACCCGCCUGCAGCUGGAGCAGGGGGCCGAGAGCCUGGGGGAGCUGGAGGCGCCCAGCCAGGACAGCCCAGCCAGCCCUGGUGAGCAGGUCCUGGUCCCCGCUUUCCCGCUGGCCAAGCCCCCCGUGAGCAGCGAGCUGGGAGACAACAGCUGUAGCAGCGAAAUGACCGACUCCUCCACAGCUUCGGGCACCAGCGAGGCCCCGAGCGGCACCGCCCACCCAGCCCUGCCUGGCCCUGGCUUCCAGCCCGACAUGGAUGAUGAUAGCCUGGCCCGGGUCCUAAGUCUCAGUGACUCUGACCUGGGAGGGGAAGAGGAGGAGGAAGAGGAAGGGGGAGUGGGGAGCCUGGACAACCUCAGCUGCUUCCACCCAGCUGAUAUCUUUGGUACUGGUGAGCCCGGUGGCCUGGCCAGCUGGACCCACAGCUAUUCUAGCUCUAGCCUCACGUUAGGCAUCCUGGAUGAAAACGCCAACCUGGAUGCCAGCUUCUUCCUGAACAGUAGCCUUGAAGGGUUGGGAGAAGGCAGCUUCUCUGGUGCCUCAGUGCUGCCCAGCUCAGAUGCUGGCCAGAGCAACUCUGUGGACCUCAGCUUGUCUUCCUGCGACUCCUUCGAGCUGCUCCAGGCCCUGCCAGACUAUAGUCUGGGGCCUCACUACACCUCCCGGAAGGUGUCUGACAGCCUGGACAACCCGGAGGCCCCCUUCUUCCCCCUGCCAACCUUUUCUCCAGCAGGGGACACCGGCGCUUGCCUCCUGGAGUCCCUUGUGGGCCUGGCGGACUCAGCCACUGAGGCCCCGGCACCCUUCAUGGACAGCCAGUUGUUUGAGGACCCGGCCCCAGUGCCCCUGGUGGAGCCGGUGCCUGUGUGAGGACUAGGGGACCUUUUCGUGGUCCCAAGAGCCCUAUUGCUGCUUUGUUGUAAUCUGGGGGCUCCCUGAGGUCUGUAUGUUAAGGAUUUUCCCGUUGGCUGGCUCAUCCAUGCGGGCACUCCUGAGUUUUGUGCAACACUUUGGAUUGACUUAUUUAUUUUUGUAACUUCUUCUGUGCUGAAGAGAGGGCAGGGAGGGGGCUUUCCCUGUCAGCCACUUGGCCCCCCCAC